UCAUUAUAAUAUUUCCUCUUUUGUUUGCUCUUUUUCAUGACUCUUUUUCAUGACCUCAGUUUUCUUCUCUUCUGAAACUGCUACACUGUCUGGCUCUCGUAUUUUCAAACUUCUGGUGUGACGCGGAUCUACCAACUCUGGAAGCAUGCACUCGUAAAAAAAUCUUGUUUAAUAUGGCUCCAUAUCUUUCUUCCAAAAGUGGUCAUCCUUUUCUACUCUUAUGACUUAAAUUUUCUUCCUCUCAGAAGUCCACAUAGCAAAAAGACAGUACUUUCUUUCUGAAAUGUGCAGCUGGCCUUGCACUUGAUAGAAGUAGGCAUUUGUUUUAGUCAUACCAGUUACCUCAGUUUUCUGCUUGUUACAUGUUAGAUAUUUAAUUUUGCCAUCAAAACCUGCUGCGUCGGGAUCCAUUCCGAAAGCAGUAAGUGGACACUUUAUUUCCACCAGUCCAUCAUCUCCUAUCAAACCAUCAGGACUCGCACCUAAGAAUUGCAACUGAGAGUCUAUGAAUAAGCCACAUUUUGUUAUGUUAAUGUUUUCUUGAUGUUCAACUGCUGUAUUGCUAUCAGUUCUGAAUUUCUACCAUGAGAAAGUGAUGGAACAUUUAGGAUGCUGCUGGAAUAAAUCAGGCUUUUGACCAAAUUUUGACAGCUGGUUGUGGGACGUCGACGACAUAUUCUGCCAAAGUUGGAAGCUGUAAGCAUUUUUCUUCUUAGUUCAAGCCACUGGCCACUUCCUGCUUGAAGAAAUGUCGCUCUUUCAAUUUCCUUGCACUCAUCUUCUGUUUUUUGAUAGGACUGCAGGAUUCGUUCUCGUUCUUCAGCGAAUUCUUUAGGAGAAAAAUCGGGUUUGUCACAAUUGGAACUGUAGUAUUUGCUGCUGCUGCUGUUGAUAUCAAUGUCUUUCUUUAAAAUUAUGUCAAUUUUUUCCUACAUUUUUUUCUCUUAUUUGCUGCUCGGUUUCGGUUGGCCAACCUUUUCAAUUCCAGACGUUUCACAAACUUGUUUGGGCUAUGAUUAUUGCACAUAGUUUUAUGUAGAUGCGAGUGAGGUUUCUUUGUGUUGUGUGCGACAACAGCUGCGGCACAUCGUCCUUGAUCUUCUCAGACAGUAAUUAAUACGCUUUCCUCCAACAAACUUGGCUACAAUCGCAUUGAAUUGCUCAACUAUGUUGCUGUCGACAUCAUAGAUUAAACUUCUGGAAUGAUUUCCCAGAUAGUUUACUGCCUUUAUGAUAUGAUCAUACAACCCACAAUUUUUCAAUUCUGGUAUCAUGUUUUUUUUGCCAUCUUUAGUCCCAGAGCAAAAGUAACUGGCACAGUUUGCGUGAUCACCAAAUACAUGAUUUGGCCCAUUUAAAAUAUCAUUCUUGAGAGCUGCAACUUUGUCAAGGUCCGCCUGUUUUUCCUUUUUUCUAUAUUUAAUAGCUUCGGUGAUGGCCCCUCGCAGUUUCAAUAUCUUACUUCGUACAUUUUUUCUGAGUGUUGGUUUAGCAAUUUUUGCCUGCUCGCACAGUACUUUCAAUUUAUUGCAGUAAUUCCUCGGGAGGUGAUUACGGCAUUCAAUUUUUUCUACUGUGAUCUUUGCAUAGGGUCUAGCUUCCAGAAUUUUUGUGUAGCAAAUGCUGUCUCCAUCGGUGAUCAGCUUACCAAAUAUAACACCAUAUACAGUAUCACUUUGUUUAAAUCCCUCUACGAUAAUACUUGCUUCCAUACUUGCUGAGCUGCCAGUCCAGUUUUUGUAGCAGGUGUGGGCAGGAAUCUCUCCAUUAAGACUUCGACUACAGACAAAGCAAAACUUGUUUCUAACUCCCAUAAACAGAACCUUUUUUGUAGAAUACACCACUAUUGCUGCAACACCAGAAAGAGCAUUGUAUUGACAUCUAUAGGAACGUUUUGACCAGCAACCAUCUGCACUCACAUCUCCUCUCUCUACUGCUAUAGCUGCUUCUUCUCUUAUUGCUUUCUCCAUUUCUUGUAGAGCAGCUUUCUCCCACGCAAAACUCUUCGAUGUGCGAAUGACCUCCGCCUAUACUCAUCAUCCCAGCAACGGCUCUUGAAUUUACAUCUAAAUGUAUCUUGGCUUUAACUGGAUUCUCUGUACAUAAAGUGAAUUUCUGAUUACACAUAUUACAAUAUAUUACAAAAGUAGGGGACAAACCAUUGGGGAUUUCUUUAUGAACAUUCAUAUUGCGCAAAGAACAUCCACAGUCUGGAUUGUGAUUUGAGAUUUCAGUGAUUCUUUUCAGGAAGUAUUCUAUUUCUACCAUUCUAACUCCGUGAAGAGGAAUUGUUACUGUAUCUGUUCCUGAUGUAAAAGAGCAUUCAUUUUCUAUUACAAGAGGCUCUUCAUCACAUUUGUAAAAAAUGUCUUUUGCAUUGUCUUUUUCAGGCAUCUCAAUAAGAAUAUGUUUUUCAUUAUUUUCCCCAAAGUCAUUAUUAAUUUCGAGAAAUUCGACCUCAGGUAUCUCGUUCUGUAGAUUGCAACACGAUUCUAGCAUCUGAAAGUAAAAUAAAGUCCUGAAUAAGAUAACAUCAUUACCAUUAUGUCUAUUCUGCGUUUAGUAUUAUAUAAAGAAUGGGAGAAACCUUUAUCAAUGAAUACUAAUAUUUGUGAGGACUGUACAAUUCCGAAUAUACCAUCAGAAUGGAAGGAAAUUUAUCACACCAUUACGAAGGACAAAACUUGGAGAUUGAUCUCUACAAAAAAAAAUAUUUACCAUGCAAGCUACACAUCAUAUUUCACUGUUCGAAGGACACGUUGUGCUUCUAUUUAUUUAAGUAUCUACUAAAAUAGUUUUUAUUGUAUUAUCGUAUAAUUCUAUCAGUAAAAUACAUAAUAUGUUAAUAUUUUAAUACAGUUAAUAUAAUAUGUUAAUACAGUUUUCCACAUUGUUUAUAGCAAAAGUUAGUUUAGGGACUUCUUUUUUCCUCAAAUAAUAGAAAAAGAAUAAUUUUACUUAUAUUACAAUUCUGAGUGUUCUUACUGCCGAUAAGACCUAAAUUAGCAUCUUCAGAAAUAUUAGGGACAAAUAGCCUAUGUAUCGUUUACUUAGGAGCCACCUUUUGAAUGGUGGUUUUAAAAAAAAAAUCUGUAUGGCACGAUAGUGGUUAAAUUUUCACAAAGAACUUCACAAAACAAAUUUAAAAUCCACCUGCUAUGGCUAGUAUUGAUUUGAGGAGGUGGAGCUGGAAUUAUCUGAAUAUGCUAUUAUUCUCUUUAUAAACAUAUAUAUUAUGAAAUACGUACUUAGAAACUCCCUACAGCCAAUGGUUAACACCCGCUACUACUUUCAUACAUAUUCAGCCUUACACUGAACCUAGAAAACUGAACUGUACACAGAAACUAGAAAUCUUUUAUGUUUUAUAAAAUGGAAUCUCAAGUAGGCCUAAUUUGUAUCUAAUUUAUUUUGAGCAAUUAUUUAAUAUUAAAGACAUGGGACAUCAUGGGUUCAUUGACCUUAGACGAGGAACCAUUGUGAAAAUAACAAGAGCUGAGUUUUGUAUUUUGAAUUAUAGUUUGUAACACAAAAAACAACGUCCAUGGUUACUAAAUGUUACAUUUGACGCAAACAAUAAUUAGCGCAAACACUGAAUGGGCCUUAUUCCUAGGUUUUUAAUAUGAUAGGUAUAAAAGGUUUUCAUUUUUGCACAUAACAUAAGUUUGCACAAACCAUUUUAACUGUUUAUGGAGGUAAAAUUACAGUAUGGUAUAAAACAGUCUCAAAUUCUCCAGUAGGUCAUUCCAAGAUGACUAGGCCGUACAAUUGAAGGAAUUAUUUGUAAAUUUUCGUAGUUAGGGGCUAAGUACCAAAAAUGAACUUUCGAGAUAACAGAAGAAAAAAAACAGUAUGCUACAUUUUUAUAAGCUUUUUGGAAAGUAGUAAAUAGUAGUAAAAAGUAAACACUUACAUUAAACUUAUGUAAACAAAAGUAAGAUUCCGAAAAAAAAUAUGUUGAAUGCUAAAUUAAUUGAAUUAUAAGGCAAUUUAAACAGAUGAUGUUUUAAUUUCCACCGAAAAUAGUAACCGUGUGGACAUUAAAGACAUUCUCUUUAACGAAGUAAUACAUCAUAUAACAAAAUAUGUAUACCAACAAAACUAAAAUAUCAUUUAAUUGAAGAAUUUGCUAUGUCCACUUUAACUGUUGUAGGCCUAUUAUAUUAGAGCAUCAUCAGGGCAUACAGCAUUUUACAUCUGUAAUAUAUUUAACCAAAUAAUGCUUAACCUAUAACAUAGCCGUUAUGCCAACAAAAAAAGUUAACUGAAGAAUUAAUUUACGCCACAUAUUAAUAUUCUUUUACGUUAUAUGCAUUGUGCUCAUACCAAACAUCAGUACAUUUAGAGUUGAUUAGACAUACCUCUUUCCUUGUGUUUUCAGAGGUUUCUGCAAACUGCGUCACAUGAAAAUCUAUUUUGUUUGGCAACACAAUUGUUUCUUCAGCACAGUGUUCUAAGUUCACAGAUGAAAUUCCACCGUCUUCCACAAAAGAAGAAAUGGAAAAAAUAGGUAGUUCAUGUGGUGGCACAGGCUGUAGAACAGUGUAUGUUACGACCUGUGACGAUCUAAACAAAAAAAAGUAAAUUAUUUUUGAAAUAAUUAUGUAGUAGGAAGUAGCUAGUAAAAUGAGGUGAUUUUUUAAUCUGCAGCCUCUAUAACUCCAGCGCUAUUUUUCGGAGGAAGGGGUGUUAAAGGAAAUAAGAAAAAUGAGAAAAGGUUUGAUGGCAAUGGACAUUUGAAAGGAAAUAAGCAAAUUUUGAGCGAAAAGCCACAUUUCAAGGUGAAUACCAAACUUUGAAUGUUCUGUCAUCAGCCUAAGUCCUAAACCUGCUAACGUAUGCAACUCGAGAUAUCUGUCUUUCAAGCAAUGUUUCAAAGAGUUUUUAUCCUCUUUUUUUUUUUUUUUUCAAUGUUUUUCCACGUCAGCUUCAUGAAAAAAGCCAACGCCACACUUUAUUCCGAGUUAUUUCAAGUAGUAUAUUAGGCAAUAAGAGGUACACAUAUUUCUGAAUUCCAAACUGCCUCAGCGUUAAAAUAGAAUAAUAUUAAAAUACUUCAUUUCAGUGAAAGAGAUAUAUGGUCACAGUCGACUAAAACUAGUAUUGCCACAUAAAUAAUCGCAAAUUUAUAAAUUCUAAUAAUUAAUAGUCUUAAAAUUGCAUUAUGGCUAUAGGUAGGUAAUAUUUACAGUAUAUUACUAACAUAAAAUAUAGGCAAUUUGUUCCCAAAAAAAAAAAAGGCGGAUGCAAUGUAAAGCUUCUCAAACAAAAUAUAUAAAUAUAAUACAAUUGGCUACAAUGUAGUCUUCCGAUUCAAUUCACAGAUUAUAUAUAUAUAUAUAUAUAUAUCUUCACUUCAAAAAAUAACACAUCUUUCCUGUAAAUUUAGUACCAACCUCUAUAUAUAUUUCUCUUUGGAGUCGUCGCCGACCUAUUCAUCUGGCAGCGGUAGUGUCAUGACACGGAGAUCCGUGCCCGAGGCCGUAAUCACUCGACCGGGAAUAGAACCCGUGUCCUCCCGAAUGUGCGCAUCCAACAUGUUACCAUUUCGCUUCCCCACUCGGUUUUUAGGAGAGGGGUGUAACCCCUCUCCCCGGCUCCCACGUCAUUGAGUAGGCCUACAAAGAAAUGUAGUAGCCUUUUUUGCUUGAGUACUCACGGUUCACUAUGGUUGGGAUCGGUGGGAUCGGCGCUGUCAAUCAGUUCGCAGCUAGUAUCGGGAACUUGAGGUACCUCGAAGUUGUUUUCCGUUGUUUCCAGUAAACGUUGCCGUUUCCUGAAUAAAAUAAAGUAGUGAUAAAAAUAUUGAAAUGAAAUGCCAAUAACAUACAUUUCUCUAGCGAUUCAGCAAAUAAAAAAUGGCAUCAUCAAAAUUUUUACAUUAUAUAAAAAUGGCUCAGUAGCAUUCAAACCUAGUUUUCACAUGUUGUUAAUCAGCAUUCAAGUAAUAUCCUUACGUAAAUUAUAAAACUACUGACAGCCAUUGAAAUCUAACAAAUAAUAUUCUUAUAUAUUCUCAAUUGCUAAGUUUUCCUAAUUUAUAAGAAUUAACCAAUUACAAAUAUACAAUACUUACUGUGCUCGGGACUCCAAAAACUGAGUUCCUUUCCUUUUCUUGCGACGCCCAAAAAGAUGCAGUCUUUUCUUAUUCCCUUUUCUGUAGUCUGCAUCCAUAACGAAAUUUCUUCAGUUAUGCGUAUUCUCCUGACGAAGAUUCUUGAAUAGUAACGCAAUCCACAGAAGCACGGGAAAAAAAGGUUUGUCCAAGAAGGCUGCACAGUCGAGGAGACAGCUAGACCCGGUGGUCUGAGCAUGGUCACUGCCUCCCCUACCACCCCAGCUCCACACCCCUCGACAGCUAGCUCACCACCACGCGCCCCCAAGGCCAUGCCUUCUUCCCGCUAACUCUCGCUGCCACGGCUUGCCACCGCGCGCGACUUUCCAGGGCUUCAAUUCAUAUAGCAGAAACGUUUUUCCUCAAAAGUUUCAGUGACGACUAUAGGUUUUAUAUACAUCAAAAUGUUCGUAAUCGUAAUGCGCAUGUUUGUAUGGCAUUAUUUUCCUCUCAACAUUUCACAGCAAAAACUUUUUUUGUUUAAUUAAACACUGAAUAACUCGGUUGAAAAAAAUUAAAAUGCAAAAUCACUUUCUAAUAAACAUAGGUAAUAGUAUAAGUUCUUCAAAUAUAUCUUUAGAAUAUUUUUCGAACCUCAGGUUUCGUGAUAAAAUGUUUUCUCCCGAAGGCCUGAAAAAUUGAUGGCCGACUAGAUCCAAAGGACCCUUAAGCCCAUACCUUUAUAUAUAUCUUGUAAAGCUCUUUCCAUGGCUGCCUCGUCAUAUUGGAAUCUAGUGUUUUGACAUUUUACCUGAAAUUUAAGCAGAGAACUGGAUUAUUUACAAAAAAAAAAAAGGUAAACUAACGUAUACAAAAGACAAAAGUUAAUGUACCUAGGACCUAAUAAAAAUUUUAAUACUUAGCCUAUGUUCCAUUGUUAAAAUAUAUACAUAUACGUGAUAGACUUUAUAUGCCAGUUAAUGAGAUAAUGAGAUACAGGUGGUUAUUUUUAACAACAAGGCUGAAACUACAAAAAUCCUGAAAUAACUGUCUUCAAGGGGCUAAAGUAUCUUCAAUUAUCAUUACCAAAUACUAAUACAAAUGGUUUUUAAUAAAUACUGUUUCAUGGUUAAUGGAAUUAUAAACCUAGUGUCUUAACUCAUUGUAUCUUGCCUAAUACCUAACAUUAAAAGGUACUGUUUUAGUUAUCGGACAUUUUUUUUAGUGACAGGACAGGUGUCCAGUCACUGGACCUGGCAAAGAUUUGUUUAUAAUAUUUAAACAAUUUCUUUAUGUUGGUUAAAUUUGUAUUAUAAUAUAAUAAUUUGAGGUAUUUUUAAAAAAUCCUGCUUGCACUAGUUACAGAACAGUGUCCAGUUACUACAGCAAUAGAGGUUUGUGUGUUUUAGUAGCUGGACACCCCUUCUAUCAGAUAAAAACACUUAUGCCUCUUGAAUGAAAGGUCCCUAAUUAACAUUCUGCAAUAUUUAUUGACAUUAACUCUCACACACUGAAUGUAACAAUACUAAUUACUGCACUUACCUCUCUUCCUGAAAUUGCUAAGCAAAAGGCCACUGUGCCAAAAGUAUAAACAAAGAUUUGUUUGCCCCAUUUCUUCUCAUUCUUAAUGCGUGAAUCACAACUACCAACCGAUACACUUUAAAAGAUAGUAUUUUGAUAUGUCAGAUUUUUGUUUUUGAAGUAUUUUUCUUAAUAUCAGUAUUUAAAAUUAGGUCUCCUGAGACUAGUUCAUAUUCUGCCUUGUCCUGUUACUGGUAUAGUUACCCUAUAUUGCAAAUUUUUUUAUUAUUGAUAUUUUUCACAUGCUGAGGAAGACUAAGCAGAUGCCCACAUAAUUACAGUUUUUGGCAUAUUGGCUGGUGGAAUGUGAUGGAAUUCUGAGUUCCAGUGUACUUCUCGUUUUACACAGGUGUAUGUUACUAUUUGUUUUGUGGAGAUGUAUGUUAUCUUUCAUUAAAAUCAUAACAAGGUGUCUAGUGACCGGGAAAACCGGGAAAGCCGGGAAUUGUACGGAAAUUAUAACUGCCAGGAAAAAUCCGGGAAUUGUAACAGGAAUUUUUCAUAAAUCCGGGGAUAAAAACAAAGUUUUAUUAAAACGUGUUAUGCUGCAUUUCAUUUCUGGAUCAUCAUCGCUGACCAACAAAUACCGUUAAAAACUAUCAAUAAGUUUUAAGUGGGACGCGAGUCUUCACAGGUCCAUGCGGCGCCCGGAGACAGCGCGAUAGACUUGGCAACACUGCUUGUGUGACUCACCCACGCGAGCGCACGCACACACACCAGUUCACAAUCUCUCGUUCAGACGUCUGGCGCCGUCUAACAGCAUUCUGCCGCCGUUUUCUGCUAUCCAGUGUUUGUGUUUCGUUGCAAUGCGUGUAUGUGGAUUAUUAAGUAUUUACAGUAAAACGGACUUGAAAUGGCUCGUCGGGUGAGAGGGAAAAUUUCGUUUCAAACGGAUUGGAAAGUAGAAUUCCCUUGGGUUGAAGACAUCAAGGAUGAUCGUCACUCUGCUAGGUGUGCAGUCUGUGGGACUACUUUUUCCAUUACUUCCAUGGGAAGAACAGCUCUUACAAGCCAUGCCAGUGGAAACAAGCAUAAGAAAAAUGUGAGUAGUGUAGAUAAGACAGCGCCAAUUCAAAUUUGGGCUACUACAUCUGCCCCUGAAACAUCUAAAGCAUCUGAACCUUCACCUUUACCAUCUUCAUCUGUAAUUCAACCUUCGUCAGCUGCUGUUAUUCCUGGUGCGAGUAUGAAUCUACCUGCUGAAGAUUCGUUAAUCCCGAAAUCUGCUUCUACAACCCGCUGUUUGGAUAAUUUUCUUCUUAAAGACGAUGUGACUCGUGCCGAAGCUUUGUGGUGUCUUGAAACGGUGAUGAAUCAUAACUCCUUACGCAGCGCUGCUAGUAGCGUAAACAUGUUCAAGCGAAUGUUUCCCAACGAUCGUGUUGCAAACAAUAUGAAACUUCAAAAAGAUAAAAUUUCAUAUGUCAUAGUUUAUGGACUUGCUCCUUAUUUUUAUGAUAAGUUGAAAAGUGUUUUGAAAGAGUGUGAACAUUUCGUGUUGGGUUUUGAUGAGAGUGUGAACAAAAUUGCACAGAAACAACAGAUGGACUUGUCUGUCAGAAUUUGGGACUCAAAUGUAAAUAAAGUUAUGUGUAGGUAUGUAACAUCCAUCUUUUUGAAUCACGCUACAGCUGAAGAUCUCUUACAAGCCAUGAAAACUGGCUUGGAAGGAUUUGACAUGAUGAAGAUUAUCCAAUUAUCAAUGGAUGGUCCUAACGUAAAUUUCAAAGUACUUAGGCUUUUACAGCAAGACAGCAGAUCUGACCCAGAAUCCCCACAGUUACUAGAUAUUGGUUCUUGUGGUUUACACACAGUGCACAAUGCCUUUAAGACAGGCAUCAAGAAAUCUGGUUGGGAGAUAAUUGAGUUUCUUAGAGCCCUUUACAAUUUGUUUAAAGAGGCUCCAAGUCGACGAGGAGACUAUACAGAGGCUUCAAACUCACACGUGUUUCCUUUGAGGGUUUGCUCAAUUCGUUGGAUUGAAAAUGGCAAAGUAGCGAGGAGAGCAAUGGAAAUAUUGCCACUUGUUGAAAAAUAUGUCAACAUAGUCAAAACCACAGCAAAGGAACCAUCUUGUAAUAGCUUUUCUGUUGUAUGUAAAGCCCUGCAAGACAAACUCCUGCAAGCGAAAAUAGCUUUCUUUGAGGCAUUGGCAAGUGACGUUGAACCAUUUUUGGUAGAAUUCCAGUCUGAUUCUCCAAUGGCACCAUUUCUUUUCGAUAGUUUGACAUUUAUUGUAAUGACUGCUAUGAAAAGAAUUGUGAAAACCGAGAUUAUUGAGAAAACUCCUCUUCACAAAAUUGAUGUUUUCAAACAGAAUGCAGAUAAGACUUUUGUAAAUCUCAAGGAUGUGAAACAUGUUGAGCUUGGUUACAGUACCCGUGCAGCACUAAGGAAGUGUAAGAAUGCCUCUGAGAAAGAUAUUUUAAUUUUCAGAAAAGAGUGUCGGAAUGUCCUGCAAUUUUUUGUGAGUAACCUGUUGCUGAAGUCUCCUCUGAAGUAUUCUCUUACCAAGGCUCUUACUUUUUUGAACCCUUAUCAUAUUUCUUCCAAAGAUAGUUGUGUAAAACAACUUACUACUGCUCUUGACCACCUCCUUACGGCCAAUCUUCUGCCAGCUAGCACUGUUGAAAGGGCUGAUAGAGAGUACAGGUUUCUUUGCUCGCAAUCAAAUGUCAUUGAAGAAAUGAAAACCUACUCUAAGUCUGAAACUCGCUUGGAUACCUUCUGGGUGCAGCUUAUAGAAGGAAAGAAGGAAUAUGAGAACCUCUUUAAAGUAGUCAAACUACUUUUAAUUUUGUCUCACGGCAGUGCUAACAUCGAACGAGGAUUUUCAGUGAACAAAGAAAUUUUAGUCGAAAAUCUGAAAGAACCAUCACUCAUAGCCCAGCGUCGUAUUUUUGAUUUUGUUAGUAAUGAGCCGGGUGGACUGAUGAAGCUAGACAUUCCUAAAGCCAUGAUUCAUGCAGUGAGGAAUGCUUAUUCCAUGUACAGUGAGGCACUUGCAGAGCAGCAGUGUGCAAAUAAGAAAAUUUUCAAGCUAGCGGAAGAAAGAAAACGUGCAGCUACUGAGAUCAAACAGCUUGAGGCGAAGAAACUCAUGUUGCUUGAGGAUGUACAGCGUGCAGUAUCUGCCAUCGAUGAGAAGGUGAAAGAUCUUAAAAAAUAGUAUAGGGCUGUGUAUUGCAUGACACUAUACAGUUAAACUUCUCACAGUUUUGUACUAGUGUGACUAUGGACCAAACAAGCUGCAAGACAAUUACUAUCGAACCAGGACAAAUGAAAAAUUCCAAUGUUUUAAUAAUGAAUUUGAAGUUCCAACAUUUCCAGUGAGAAGGUAGGCCUGCAUAUGUCUUUGAUGUUUAUAGCAUCUUUAGAUGAUCAUUUUGUUAAAAUGCUUUUUCUCAUUACAUACAGUAGUAAUUUAGUAAUUUAUUGCAUUUGUUCAAUUUUGCAUGUACUAUCAUGAUUUUGGGGUAAAAUUUUAUCGCGUAUGAUUUACAUGUAUUCUUUUCAUUUUUGACAUGUACAGGAAUGUACAGGAAUUGUACAGGAAUUUUUUCUGAUCAUUUCCCUAGACACCCUGCAUAAGCUUGAUAAAAUAUUGACAGUAAAAAGGUAGAAUUUUCAGAUCUUGAAAUAGGUGUCUACAGGAUGAUGAUGGUUUCGAAAAUGAUAUUAGUCGAACACUUUCUAUUCCUACUAAUUAAAACCGCUAUGUUGUCAUUAAGGGAAUACAGUAUAAAACAUAUAGUCACAUCAAUAUAAAAUAUAAGAACAGGCCUAGAGUUUUUGAACAUUUUCUUACAGUCAUUGCACACCUAUAGCCAUGGACCAAAUUUUAUGGUAGUUGAUCAGUCUGGUAUAUUAACUGGUGUUACCAAAUUUAUAUUUUUUUCCUCUUCUCAAAAUAAAAAUGAUUUAGGAUGUCUUGUGAAAAAAAUAUUGAAAUGUGGCCUGCAAGGCCUUAUGGUAACAACAGUAAAAAGGGGAAUGUCUUUAAUGUUUGAAAUAAAGUAUUUUCAGAAAUGUAUUAAUUUAUUCAUGAAAAAGCUGUGGCAAUAAAAUUACCAUAUAUGGUGAAUAAUUACUUAUGAGAUAUAUUAGGUAAUGUGAGCUACAUGUCAACUAAAAAUUACUGUGAAUCUUUUGUUACAGAUUGUACGUAUUAUUAAUGUAGCUGGUCUACUUAAUCUUUUCGCUUUAGUUAUUACUAUUAUUUCCUGUAAGACAAUGCUCUGCAACUUUACAAUAU